GAAGACUCCAGUGUCACGUCACCUGACUUGGGAGAAUGCACUUCCCAAGUGCAGGCAGAUAUUCACGUUGCAGCGUUGCACCGAAAGGGCGUCUUUUGAGGAGUUGGGACUGGUGUUGCUCCUGCGAGUUGCUGACAGAUGUCCUAAACUCAAAGCACCACCCAGGAUGACAGAUGUCGUGGAUUAUGUCUUUUUCGCUGCCAUUUUAAGCCUUCGUCGACAGCCCCUACAAAAGCACCCCGUGGAGAUAGGUCGCCAUGCGUCGUGCCUUGUGCUUGGGUGCUCUGGCCACCGCUAGUGGCAAAGUGUACUUCUCCGAGACCUUCGGUGAUGGAUGGGAGAGCCGCUGGACCUCUAGUGAGUGGAAGAAGAGCGAUGGCACGCAGGGCACGUGGAAGGCAUCAGCUGGCAAAUGGUUUAGCGAUGAGAAAGAGGAUCAGGGGAUCCAAACAGCCGAGGACUCACGUUUCUUCGGCCUGUCUGCCGGCUUUGAUUCCUUCAGCAAUGCGGGCAAGGACCUCAUCAUCCAGUAUCAGGCCAAGUACGAGAAGGACAUUGAGUGCGGAGGUGGCUAUGUCAAGGUGGGCCCCAAGCUCAGCGAUCCCACCAGCUUCGGCGAUCCCACAACCUACAACAUCAUGUUCGGCCCAGACAAGUGUGGUUAUACGAAGCGAACCCAUUUGAUCUUCAACUACAAGGGCAAGAAUGUGUUGAAGAAGUCAGACCUGGCCUACAAGCAGGAGGGUGAAGGCACCUCUCAUGUCUACAGGCUGGUGUUGAAGCCAGACAACACUGCUCGAGUAGAAAUCGAUGGUGAGAAGAUUUACGAGGGAUCUUUGAAGGAAGAUUGGGAGUUGUUGGCUCCUAAGGAGAUCAAGGAUCCUGAUGACAAGAAGCCCAGUGAUUGGGUCGACGACAGCAUGAUGGAUGACCCGGCGGACAAGAAGCCGGAGAAUUGGGUGGAGGAGAAGCGCAUUGUGGAUGCCAAUGCCAAGAAGCCAGAUGACUGGGACGAUGAGGAGGAUGGCGAAUGGGAGGCACCAAUGAUCGACAAUCCUGAGUACAAGGGUGAGUGGACGGUGAAGCGAAUCUCGAACCCAGCUUACAAAGGCAUUUGGGAGGCAAAGAAGAUUGCCAACCCUGAAUUCGUGGAUGAUGACAACCUCUACAAGUACGAUGACUUCGGCUUCAUUGGUUUUGACUUGUGGCAGGUGAAGGGCAACACAAUUUUUGAUAACAUCAUAAUUACCGACGAUGUUGCUGAGGCUGACAAGUUUGUGCAGAAAUGGAAAACACUCAGUGAGGUGGAGAAAGCGAAGAAGAAGGAGGAGGACGAUGCCAAGGCGGAGGAGGCGAAGAAAGCCGCUGAGUCGACGGAUUCCAAGGAUGACGACGACGACGAUGAUUCCGAGGACUGAGCCGAGGAGGAGCCGAGCAGCUGAGCUCAAAGAGCGCCAGAGCUUCGCCGGCAUGUUCUCACCUGUGGACCACAGUGGACCACACCCGAGUCCGCUCUUUUUCUCGCCACCUCGAACGUGUUUUUUCAAUUUUGAGAAAUGUGGUUACUCGUUCAGUCCCAUCUUUAGCAACAAGUCUA